CCUUAAAGAGCUGCUCCCUGCAUUGACGUGCAUCGUGGCAACAUCUAAGAGAGGCCCAGAAGUGGCCCAGUUUACACCUCCUCCUCCUCUGUCCUUUCCACUGGCAACGCAAUGGCCUCCGAGACAACCUCUGAACAGUCUCUUCUUAAAGAUGGAAUGAAAAGAGGGGCCAGCCAGCUUCCUCAGGUAGCGAAGGAGCAACGGGAGCAGGCCCUCUUGACCUUUGAGGAGGUGGCUGUGUUUUUCACGGAGGAGGAGUGGGCUCUGCUGGAUCCAGGCCAAAGAGCUCUGCACAAGGAAGUCAUGGAGGAGAAUUAUGAGAUGGUGGCCUCUCUAGAGACUAUCUCCUCACUUGGAACGGAAAAAUACAGGGAUGUUGUCCUGGACCAAUUAAGAGGUGAUGGAGGAGGCAAUCAGAAUAUUGAAGGGCCAUCUGCAAAGUACUUCAGUGUGAGUGAACACCUUAGCACACAUCUACAAACUAACACAGGGGAUAAACCUUUUAAAUGUAUGGAGUGCGGAAAGAGCUUCAGUCGCAGUGCAAUCCUUACUAAACAUCAACGGAUUCACACAGGGGAGAAACCCUUUAAAUGUUUGGAGUGUGGAAAGAGCUUCAGUGAAAAUGGAAAACUUACUAUACAUCAACGAACUCACACCGGGGAGAAACCCUUUAAAUGCAUGGAGUGCGAAAAAAGUUUUGCUUAUACUUUCAGCCUUAGAAAUCACCAGCUAAUGCACAAAGGGGAAAAGCCCUAUACAUGUAUGGAUUGUGGAAAGGGUUUUAGUGAUAGUAGAAUUCUUAGAAGACAUCUACGAACUCACACAGAAGAGAAACCUUUUAAAUGUAUGGAGUGUGGAAAGAGCUUCAGGGAAAAUGGAAAACUUACUAGACAUCAACGGACUCACACAGGGGAGAAACCAUAUAAAUGUUUGGAGUGUGGAAAGAGCUUCAGUCAAAAGGGAAAACUUACUAUACAUCAACGGACUCACACAGGGGAGAAACCAUAUAAAUGUUUGGAGUGUGGAAAGAGCUUCAGACGGUGUUCACACCUUACUGUACAUCAACGGACUCACACAGAGGAGAAACCCUUUAAAUGCAUGGUGUGCGGAAAGAGCUUCCGUCAAAAUGGAACACUUAAUAUACAUCAACGGACUCACACAGGGGAGAAACCCUUUAAAUGUGUGGAGUGUGGAAAGAGCUUCAGUCAAAAUGGAAAGCUUACUAGACAUCAACGAAUUCACACAGGUGAGAAACCAUUUAGAUGUAUGGAGUGUGGAAAGAGCUUCUGUCAAAAUGGAACACUUACUAGACAUCAACGAAUUCACACAGGUGAGAAACCAUUUAGAUGUAUGGAGUGUGGGAAGGGUUUCAUUGAGAAAAGUGUCCUUAGAAAUCAUCACCUAACUCACGAAGGGGAAGAACCAUAUAAAUGUAUGGAGUGUGGAAAGAGGUUCAGUAAAAAUGGAACCUUUACUUUACAUAAACAAAUUCACACAGGGAAGAAACCAUUUAGAUGUAUGUACUGCGGAAAGAGCUUCAGUGAAAAUAGAAAACUUACUAUACACCAACGAACUCACACUGGGGAGAAACCAUAUAAAUGUUUGGAGUGUGGAAAGAGCUUCAGACAAUGUUCACACCUUACUAUACAUCUACGAACUCACACAGGGGAGAAACCUUUUAAAUGUAUGGACUGUGGAAAGAGCUUCAGUCAAAAUGGAAGACUUACUGGACAUCAACGGACUCACACAGGGGAGAAGAUCUUUAAAUGUAUGGAGUGUGGAAAGAGCUUCAGUCAAAAUAGAAACCUUGCUAUACAUCUACGAAGUCACACCGGGGAGAAACCCUUUAAAUGUAUGGAUUGUGGAAUGGGUUUCAGUGAUAGUAGAAUUCUUAGAGGGCAUCUACGAACUCACACCGGGGAGAAACCCUUUAAAUGUAUGGAUUGUGGAAAAUGUUUCACCACGUUUGGAGUUCUUCGAAAUCAUCAACGGACUCACACCGGGGAGAAACCAUAUAAAUGUUUGGAGUGUGGAAAGAGCUUCAGACAAUGUUCACACCUUACUAUACAUCUACGAACUCACACAGGGGAUAAACCUUUUAAAUGUAUGGAGUGUGGAAAGAGCUUCAGUGAAAAUGGAAAACUUACUAUACAUCAACGGACUCACACAGGGGAGAAACCAUAUAAAUGUUUGGAGUGUGGAAAGAGCUUCAGUGUAAAUGGAAGUCUUACUGUACAUCAACGAGUACACACCAGGGAGAAACUAUUUAAAUGUAUUUAUGGGAAGUGUUUCAGUCAGAGUGGAGCUUUUUCAACACAUCAGCAAACCCAUACACGGGAGAAACCAUUUAAAUGUAUGGAGUGUGGGAAGGGAUUCAGUCACAAUGGAACACUUACUGUUCAUCUACGAACUCACACAGGUGAGAAACCCUUUAAAUGCAUGGAGUGUGGAGAGAGUUUCAGUCACAAUGGAAUACUUACUGGACAUCAAAGGACUCACACAGGGGAGAAACCCUUUAAAUGUAUGGAGUGUGGAAAGAGCUUCAGUCAAAAGGGAACACUUACUAGACAUCAACAGACUCACACAGGGGAGAAACCUUUUAAAUGCAUGGAGUGCGGAAAGACCUUCAGUCAGUGUUCAUGCCUUCGUCAACAUCUACGAACUCACACAGGAGAGAAACCUUUUAAAUGUAUGGAUUGUGGGAAGGGUUUCAGUGAGAGAGGAGUUCUUACAAAACAUCAACGAUCUCACACAGGGGAGAAACCCUUUAAAUGUAUGGAGUGCGGAAAGAGCUUCAGUCAGAGUGCAAACCUUACUAGACAUCAACAUACUCACAGAGAGGAGAAACUAUUUAAAUGUAUUUCUGGGAAGUGUUUCAGUCAGAGUGGAGCUUUUGCAACACAUCACCAAACUCAUACACAGGAGAAGCCAUUUAAAUGUAUGGAGUGUGGGAAGGGCUUCAGUGAGAGAGGAGUUCUUACAAAACAUAAACGAACUCACACAGGGGAGAAACCCUUUAAAUGUAUGGAGUGUGGAAAGAGCUUCAGUCAGGGUGGAAACCUAACUAGACAUCAACGAACUCACAGGGGAGAAAUCAUUUAAAUGUUAUCAUACUUAUCAUACUAUUUUACUCUCUUGUUAAUUAUGCUGUUUUAAAUGUGUAUUUUAUAUUUGACUUCACAGGAAUUUUUUUUAAAUAUUUUAAUAUUUUUAUUUUGUGUUAAUUUUUUGUUAUAUAUGUAUUCUGUAGUUGACCUUCAUAAUAUUUUAGUUUCCUGUUAAUUAUGUUGCUUUGACUUUAUAUUUGUCUUUUUUUCACAAAUGUUUCAUUCUGGAUUGUUUUAUUGAUAUUUUAAUAUGCUGUAAAUGGCUUUUUAAAAAUAUAAAGCAGUAUAGAAAUGAAAUAAAUAGUAAUAAUCAUGUAUGGAGUGUUAGAAAACAUCAGAAGCUCACAGAGAACUGUUUAAAUGGAAGGAGUGUGGAAAUUGUUUCAAUUAUAAUGGAGUUCUUAAUAAGCACCUAUUUAGAUGUAUGGAGUGUACCAUGUCCCCCCCCCCCCCGAGUUCACUUUGUCCCUCAUAUCAGCAAACUCAAAUAGGGAAAUAUCAAUUGCAGUGGAAUUUGCUACCAAGGAGUGUGGUGGAGUCUCCUUCUUUGGAGGUCUUUAAGCAGAGGCUUGACAGGCAUAUGUCAAGAAUGCUUUGACGGUGUUUCCUGCUUGGCAGGGGGUUGGACUGGAUGGCCCUCAUGGUCUCUUCCAACUCUGUAAUUCUAUGAUUCUAUGUAUGGAGUGUACCAUGUUUUCCCCCCAGAGUUCACUUUGUCCCUCAUAUCAGCAAACUCAUAUAGGGAAAUAUCAAUUGUAAAUGCAUGGAGAAUAUUUGGUGUUCUGGUGUUUGUAUGGAAUGUUGUACAUAUAUGUAUUAAAGCAACGAGGGUAAUGUCUCAUAAUAGUAAGUAUAAUGAAAGAUACAAUGUACUGUUAGGCAUGUGCAGA